AGCUCAUCCAUCACCGGCCACUCCGACGCUGUGGUGUCCGUACAGUUCAGUCCCGACGGCUCCCAAUUGGCGUCGGGUUCGGGCGACACGACUGUCAGGUUUUGGGACGUCGACACCGAAACACCAAAAUUUACGGCCACUUCACACAAACACUGGGUUCUGUCCAUCGCGUGGUCACCGAAUGGUCAAAAGCUCGCCUCAGCCGAUAAGAACGGAACCAUUUAUAUUUGGGAUCCAAAGACUGGCAAUCAAUUGGGAAACGCUCUGUUGGCUCACAAACAGUGGGUCAACUCAAUGGCUUGGGAACCGUUUCAUAGUAACACCGAAUGCCGUCGUCUGGCGAGCGCUUCCAAAGACUGUUCGGUAAGAAUAUGGGAUACAGUGCUCCAGAAGGUUGACUUCACGAUCAAUGGUCACCUCCAAAGUGUUACUUGUGUUAAAUGGGGCGGAACUGGUCUUAUAUACACAGCAUCUCAAGACAGGACUGUCAAAGUGUGGAGAAGUGAUACCGGUGUACUCUGUCGUACACUUGAAGGUCACGCUCAUUGGGUCAACACAUUAGCGCUGUCCACUGAUUACGCCAUACGGACAGCCGUUUUCGAUCCGGCCUUUCCUAACAAUAGGAUAGAGUUGAGCGCCGAUACCAAUCAAAUGGCGCUCAAAGCUAAGGAAAGGUAUCAAUCGGUGCGCAACGAUAACGAGAGACUAGUGUCGGGUUCGGACGACUUUACGCUAUUCUUAUGGUAUCCCGAAAGGGAUAAGAAAUGUGUGGCCAGAAUGACAGGCCAUCAACAGCUUAUAAAUGAUGUCAAAUUUUCGCCCGAC